AUGGCGACCGGAUUCACGGAGGACGACUUCGUGCCAUUGAAUGAGCUUGUCCAACAGCUUUCAAACAGCUGCAAAGCCGCAGCCUCAGUCUUCGAAGACCUCAGCGAGGACCUCAAUGGCAUUCAUCGCUUUCUAGAACACCUCAUCAAGCAAGCCAACAAUCCCGACUCACUCCUCAUGCAAAGAUGCCAAGAUCGUCGCAAGGAUUGGCUUCACAUCCUUGAGUCGUUGACUUACGCAUUGUGUGAACUCCAAGAGCAUAUCUCCACUUACUACGAAGUGGGUGCGGACAUUUGGCUCCAGGCCGAUGAUGCACAACGUCACUUCAACAAUUUGAGAAGCGAAGUGAUGGUUGGGUAUGACGCUGUUGAUACCUUCGUCGACAGCCUUGGACUCUCGCCUGCAGGUCGGAAGGACUACAGUUUGGGUCAAAUCGAGAAGCUUCUGGUCCAAGCGGUGAGGCAAGAGAGAGCUAAGGCUGCCAACUAUGGUGUUACGAGGGCGGGUAAUGGAAUUGGUAGUUUCAGUCAGAUCCAACGCUAUUUAAGAGACGAGGGAAUUGAUCCUGCCGAGGUAGAACGGCAUGAUGCGAGGACUAAGCAACUGAUGAUAUGGGUACUGGAAAAUGAACCCGCACUCACUGAUAUCAUGGCCCGGGAGAGUCUAGCAGAUGGAGAUGAAACGAAUGCUGCAAGCAAGAAGGUUGAAGGCGAAUCUGCUGGGACAGCAAGAGCCGCAUCUCCGCCCCCUCAGUAUGAAGAGAAGAGCGAAGGUAUUGAUUCUAAGGGGAAAGAGAUUGACGUAAGGAGUGAAGGCAAGGAUGUCGAGGAGAGUAGGGAUGUUGAAAGCUACAAAGAAGCUGAGGACUUGGAAAUGACCGCGAUAUUGGUGGAUCGUUCUCGCCCAUCUACAACCUCACGACCAAUCUCUGUUGCAACGUCUUCUCCAAGUCUCAUAGACUCAGACUUGGAAUCAGCAGAGUCUGACUGGGAGCUCGUUUAG